GGCGAAUAAUAACACGAUAGAACUCGAGCUUAAUAGUCUGGCCAGCAGAUAUACUUCUUCAGUGGCGGCUUAUACCAGUUUCGGCGUAGAAAAUUUGAGCUUCAAAGACGAAUCUGGCGUUAUGUCAGUAACCAAAAUAACCGAGUCGAUGUUGGGGAUGGAGUUUGCCUCUCGUUUAAGGCAGACCUUUUGUUUCUAUUUUCACUAUUUCAAAAGAAUACUAGGAAUAUCAUAUGUAUCCGCAAAGACUGAGGACUUCUUUUAUGGCUUCGUAAAGGACAUAACGCACAUUAGACAACAGGAGAAGAAUACGCGUAAAUUUGACUUUUUGCAACUAAUGUUGGAUCUGAAAGAAACCAAGAAAAUUGACAACAAUGUGGUAACUGCAAAUGUUUUCAGUUUCUAUCUCAAUGUGCAUGAUACGUCGAGUGCGACAAUAGGCUUCGCAGCUUAUCAUAUUGCAUGUCAUCCGCAUGUUCAGCAGAAAAUCCGCGAGGAGGUGAGGACUGUUCUCGCAAAGUACGACGGCCAAUUGUCCUACUUCGCGCUGAAGAAAAUGACGUAUAUGAAUCAAGUGAUCUAUGAAUCACAAAGACUCAAUCCUAUUCUGCCCUGCAUUGGCAAAAUAUGCACCGAAGAGUUUGAACUGAAGGGUUCGGAUGGGCUCAGCUGCCGCAUACAUCCCGGAACAGAGAUCUUCGUGAAUGUCUAUGAAAUGCACAGAAACCCGAAAUACUGGCCCAAUCCGGAAGUUUUUGAUCCCGAUCGUUUCUCCUCGAAUAGAAAGACGGAGAUGAAGAAGUACACUUAUUUGCCGUUCGGUGAGGGUCCGAGAAUCUGUGUGGCAAAAAGAAUGGCUAUAAUGCAGGCGAAGGCUUAUCUAGCCAUGAUCAUGAAGAAUUACACUCUGGAGUUAUCGUCUAAGACACCGAAGGAGCCUCUCAAGUUUAUGACAGGCAAUUUUCUGCCAAGACCUAUUGGUGGUUUAUGGGUUCAUCUUAAACCUCUUUAAUUUUUUGUAUUAGGGAAUAUUGUAGAAAAUAAUGAAUAAAUAAUAUUAAGAUAUUGUGAAAUAUCGCAGAUAAGUUUAGAUAAUUGUACAUUUUUCUAAAUGACGAAAAUUACGAAAUGAUGUAAAAUUAUGAAAAUUAUUUUAAUAUUUGAGAUAUAUGGCCAGUGUUAUAACGCAACCUGAACUUUGAAUUACUUUCACCUAUUGCAGAAAAACGUGACAUAUUUAAGUAUAUAUAGCCGAGUUUGUAUGUAAAUAAAUAUAUAUUUACAAUUACUAGCCGUAACCUUGAAAUAAUACAUAUUAGAGUUAUUUGCGCAAGUUCAACACAUAUCACACAUAUAAUAUACAUAUUAAACACAUAUUGUACUUACGCAUAUGAACGUGACAGGGUGUAUGCGAGUGUUUCAUUGUAUUUAAACUCUUAUUUUUAAUUUUUGUCACUGCAGCUUUACACGCUUAUCAUGAAUGCGUCAAUGGAAAUAAAAUUAAAUUUAAAAACAGAGAUAAAACAUUCUGAAAUAUAAAUAUUAUUGGUGUCAGUAAAUACACAUCUCGUAAUUUCAAUUUUAGCCCUUAUUCUUACUAUUAUUAACACAUCUCUUGUUUAUAUACGCAAAACUAAACAACCUGCGAAUGUCAGAGAGAAAGUGUAAUGAUGUAAUAGCUUGAGCUGAAAUAUUUAAUUUGCAUAAUUUCAUAUUAUCGCAAGUAAGAAGUAAUGUUAGUUUAAAGUCACAAGAAUAUUCGCUUCAGGAAAUAUGAACUAACUGUAUCAUAACUUCAAUGUUAGAAUUUCCCACUCAAUAAUAUAACAUUUACAUAACACACGCGUUAUUGCAUUUACAUUGUUUAGUAGAAAAUUACGACAUUUUGAUAUUAGUACGGUUAAAUAGCUGUUGUAUCUAGCAACAAACUUCACCAGCACGAACCUUGAACAUUAAAUUUUAAACCUAUCGCUAAGUACAACAGCCACCAUGUGCAAUACUUGUAAAUUAAGCUGAUUGUAGAUUAUUUCUAAAUAAAAAAUUCUUCUUUACUA